AUGGCGUCCGAGGAAGAAACACAUCAGGAAGAAUUUGUUGCUGAGUUUGUGGUGGACGAUGAAUUGCUGGAGAUUUAUAAAUCGUUUGAAUUAACGGAUGUAGCAAUUGAGCAAUUUGUUAUAAAUGGCUACGACGUUCACGCUCUACAGGUAAUAGAGCGUGAGGAAGUAGAAGCUCUACUACCACCGCCAUUACUAGCCGACAGAACGAGGUGCAUCGACGGGUUAAACAAGUGGCGUUGCUCUAUGGGUUUACCUCCAGUAACAACUCCAUUAAAAAUCAUCAAUCCAUCAGCAACGAGCAGCUUCGAUCCUUCAAAAACCACGCUGAGAAAUCUGCCACGAAGUCAGUGGACUUCGUUGGCACUGAUCAAUAGGUCCAAGAAAGGAAGGCUAAUAUUGGAAAAUUUUAAUUCGACCAAAAUUCUAUCAAGGAAGGAUCGCACUUUCAUCACUCAUCUUAUUAUCGAUGAAUUCGUCGACGAUUUUGGAAAAUUAACACGCGAGGAGUUAGGGUUGCGAUCGGACGAGUUGAAACUUUUGUUUUCGACAGUGGAAAAGCAUGUGUGGUAUCAACCAGCAUCUUAUCGUGAUAACGACGGCAAGAGAAUCAAACUUGGACGUGUAGCUAAAGGUUGCCUGUUUGACCGCAAUCACAACUAUCGCGGAUCCAAAACACCUGCUCCGGCAUCGAUCGCUUCAGACGAACAUCCAUCAAGCGGGACUCAAUCAUUAGUUGAUGUAAUCACAUUGGAAGCAGUGGCGACGUAUCAAGAAACAAAAAAUUGGUUCCGGCAUCAUCACGGCGAGUGGGAAGAUAUUAAGAAGCGCUGGCAGGAAACUAAUGCUGUUCGCUUGCAUGAAAUCAGCAGAUUGAAAUCCGUCACUUACCAGAAGGUACUGGAUGAAUACCCGGUGCUGAGAAAUAGCAGUGGCUAUCAGUUGGUAAAGCUAGACUUCGCUUUCAAGUACUCAACGAAAUGUAACCUAUUGUUCAGCAAUUUCGCUUCUUUUCGUACAUGCGCUGAAAUCGUAUUUUGUAACGAGGUACCUGAGCAAGGAAAAGCACUUUGGACACUGCUGAAUGAAGAACUAACAGAAGAUUCGCGAGAUUGCAUCACCACAUUGCUUCUAUUGAUCAUUUGGCCUAGUAAGUUUACACGUCUACCCAACGGAAAGAAAUGGAAACCAUCGUUACUGGAGAGUCGUGAAAGCAGCAUCUUGCACUUAAGGACGCUAGCAGAUUAUGAAACAGAACUUGCUAGGCUUAGUCGACAAAAUCAUCAAAGAGGUUUACCAGAUUAUCCAGUGGUCGUAGUAGUUGGUGAUACAAUUAAUCACAUCAACCAGUUUUUCGUAAGCUAUAAAGACAUAGCUUAUAAAGCGGAAACCUUCCUCAAAGCACUUGACGUUACAUUCAAAAUUUACAAGGCAUACGAGAUAGAUUUCCCCAGCGAAUCAACUGGCCCGUGGAAUUUCAUUGCACAUUCGUUGUACCACUUCGAACCACCAGAAGACGGAAACAAAGCAAGGAUCUUAACUCUAGCUGCAACUCUCCGUAACCAGCAAUCGGCACAAUGAUUGUGUGCUUCAUUUCCGGUUGCCGAUGGAAGACUACAUGCCCAUCACUUUUCGGAACUCACCUCCGCAGAGUCCAUGAGCCCAUCGAUGUCUAUUGCUGCACUGUUUCAAAUUGCGGAAGACGAUUUAGUGUCAGAUGCUCUUAUAUUUCUCAUAUCAAGAAACACAUUCGAAACAACCAUGCUGCAGAUAACCUUUGUAACGAAGAUAGGUUUGAUUCGGAAGAUCAUGUGUUACCAUCCGUACCACAUCACAAAUUGUCAAAUGAAAACGGUAGUAUAGAAGUACAUAGAGAAAGUAUAGCAAAUGUUGAAGACGAUCAGUUUAUCCAAGUUGAAAACAUUGAAGCACAACAGUUAAUCAACCUAGAGAAAAUCUCAUCAGAAAUUAGUCGUUUAAGCAUUGGUUUUAACUUAAAGUGGUUAAAUAAGGAUACGGUACCUCGGAAGUUGGUAUUUCAGUUUCAAGAUGAUGUACGAAGAAAUGUAUUGAAUCCCAUUAAUGAAAUUGUAGGAGUAAUGACUGAUGUCGGUUUAAUUUCACGUUCUGGUAGUACCGUAUUAAAAUCUGUAUUUUCAGUGAUCAACAAUUCACAGACCGAGUACAAAUUUAUACGAGACCUCAAAGAAAUAGGCUUGUACGAAGAACCGGUGUAUUUUAGUAUAAGUAACGAACUGAAACCAGCUGUAAUACAUCAAAACUUAGAAAUGGUCGAAGAUGAUGUAAAGGGUGUUUUAAUGCCUAUAAAGUUCCAACUACGCAAAUACUUAGAAUCGGAAAAUGUAAUCGAUCUAUUGAUUGGAUGUCUAAAAUCAUCUGAUGAUGGAGUAAUCAGGUCUUUAGUAGAUGGCACCAUUUGGCAGAAGAAAAUACAAGGACUAGAAAGUAAGUUGAUCGUUCCAAUCAAUAUAUUUUUUGACGAUUUUACUACAAGCGACACAGUUUCUCCUCAUGCCAGUAACACUAAAAUAUGUGGAAUUUAUCAUUACAUACCUUGUUUACCACCAUAUAUUCUGUCACGACUUGUUAAUAUUCUAACGACUGGUUAUGUUAUGUCUGGAGAUAGGAAACAUUUUGGCAAUGAACGGACGCUGCUUAAACUAGUUGAAACAUUAAGUGAAUUAGAAAACACUGGAAUUACCGUCCGAUACAAAGGAAACGAGAUAACUGCUUAUUUCAAGCUAGGUUUCAUAACUGGUGAUAAUCUAGGAUUGAGUGAGAUACUAAAUCUAGUUGAGUCACCUACUGCCAAUUAUUACUGUCGUAUGUGUACCAGAACUAGGAGUGAGAGAGAAAUCGACAGCAAAGAAUAUGUAGAUUCUCUUAGAUCUGAAGAGAUGUAUGAAGAGCAUGUGCAAGUGAAUGAUAUGUCUAAAACAGGUGUAAAAGACAGGUGCAUCCUAAAUCGCAUUCCAUCAUUCCACGUGGCUUUAAAUGUGUACUUUGAUGUA